AAUAUCGAUGUAUCGAUUUCAAACAUCGACACGUUUAAGAGACUUUUCUGCACGAAUUUGUCAAAUUCGUUUUACUGUUGUGAAGGGUUUGUUCGAAAGCCGUGCGCUAGCUUCAAUUUCGUCGUAAGCCAAUUAAAAAAAGGAAAAUCAACCGAAAAUGUUCGUGUCGACAGUCUCUCGCAUUGCCCCCGUUGCCAGGAGCGCCUUCCUCGCCAACUCCAAGCAGUACCUGCGACCAUUGAGCAGCGCCGUCAUCAGCCAGAGCCAGACUUUGGCCGCUCAGAACACAACCCCCGUUGCAUUGCUGCCACAGAUCAGGUCAUUCCAGACCUCGCCAGUCACGCGUGACAUUGAUUCGGCUGCCAAAUUCAUUGGUGCUGGUGCCGCAACAGUCGGUGUCGCUGGAUCCGGUGCUGGUAUCGGAACAGUAUUCGGUUCCCUCAUCAUCGGCUACGCCAGGAACCCAUCGCUGAAACAGCAGCUGUUCUCCUACGCCAUUCUGGGCUUCGCCCUGUCCGAGGCCAUGGGUCUGUUCUGUUUGAUGAUGGCCUUCCUGCUGCUGUUCGCCUUCUAAGCGCUCCUGCUGCACAUCGAUUGCUCGUCCUUGUUUCCUGCAAUUGUGCGUGUGUGCGAGUCGCAUGCGAACGAGAAUAGCAACUAAACAACACUUCAAACAAACAACAACCAGAACAAGCAACACCUUUGUUCGUUUUCGAUUAUUAAUGAUGAAAUGAUUGAUUGAUUGAUAGCAAACAAGAACAUCCUGUACCACUAUCUAAUUAUAAAUACCAACAACCACAUAAUAUAUGUAAUUUUGUUUUUAAAAAACAUGCGAGCGAGGAGAAGACCACACCUACUUUAAGUUGAACAACCGAAAUAUCAGGAGGAAAAGGAUUGGACAAGCCCAGACGAAAAAGUUAAAAUUUAAUUUUAAUUGAAGCAAGCUUACGGCUCACCGAAAAACCCAACUGAAUCCUCGGACCAAGCCCACUCCAGCUUGACACUCGCGAAUCCUGCAAAGGACCUUCAUGACCGCUGACCAAGGCUCUCUCUCUCUCCCCGAAGUUCUUGGACAUCGAAACGGCAAAAAUCUCCAGCGGCAGGUUGUUCGUGAAGGUCUUUCUGCAAAUUACAUCCUGGAUUAGCGAGUGUGUGGGUGGGGCUGGACGGAGGUCCGUGGAAUCGUUGGGUUCAGCAACUUUCUCGAUUUUAUUGUGGCGCGUACUGAAAUACCCAUUUGUUUUCUAGUAUUUUGUAUUCGAAAAAUUCAGUUUCCUUAAGUAAACGCUGUUUUUGUUCAUUGCCACUUAAUAUUUAUUAUAUAACAUGUAAUAAAACUAGUUGCAAACGAAUUGAGCCGAAGAGCGCUGCUGAAGUGCGAAAUAAAGGAGAAAUGAAUGUGUAACGGAA